UUGUCUUAUGUCAUGGAGUCUUCAAUUAAAGAUCAACAACAAAAACCUGAGAAUGAAUCUAACCUUCAUUCACCGAUGAUGCAAGAGACAAUAGAACUAACUACAAAUGUUAUCGAGAAAUUAAAUAAAAAUGUAGAAAAAAAAGCGAAGGUUGAGUGGGUCGUCAAGAUACUGAGAGCAGAUUUUUUACAAGAUAGAUUUUUUUGUAUUGUCCAAGAUGGAGGUGAAAAUCUCUUCAAGUGUAUAAUUCCUCUUUCAUUAACUCAGAAAUUUGAAAGCGGGAUCAUAUCUCCAGGGCGAUGUAUUAAAAUCAAAGACUACGGUGUCCUUCGUUAUGCUUGUUCAUUAUUUAAAGAAAAAUAUACCGGUACCAAAAAUUUUAUUUUUGUGAUGGGGGUGGUUGACUUUGAUAUUGCUAAACCGACACUAAAAAAAGUUGAAGAAAAUCCACCUUUGCCAUCUACAUCUGGAGGAAAGCCGGCUCCUCUACCGGUUUCUAGAUCUGUAGUACCUCCAAAUAAUCCUCAACCUGGGAGAAAUGUUGUUCCAGUUCAGAAAACUUAUCCAAAUCUCCAAGACCGGCCAAAAAUAGUUCCCAUGCCUCCUCCCCAAGAUAUUGUAAAACUACAUUCAAUCAGAACGAUUGCGGCACAAAUGACCAAGUUUUUGUAUGGGACCCUUAAAUUUUAUCCUGAUUCAAUAAAAAGUAAUGAUGCGUUAUAUAUGGUGAUAUCUGAUGGCAAUCGAUCUAUGGUUUGCUGGGUUUAUGGCUGGAUCAAAAAUCUUUUUAAAAAAAAAAUCAAGGACGGUCUUAAGAUAAGAGUAAAAAACUUUACAGUAAGAGCGGUCACUAUAAGACUUAAUCGUUUCCCUCAAUACAAUUUAGAAAUGGUACUAAAUUCAACAACUGAUUUUCAUGUUUAUGAUGAUGAUAAGCCAGUAAUUGUCCAUUUGUUUAAUGAAUCAGUACCAUUUAAACUUGAUCCCAAUGUUAAAGUUAUAACUCAUCGAUACAGGACCUUGAUGGAUAUCCUUAAUUCUCACACCAACAAGUCUAUUAAUUUCAUUGGAGUAAUUGUUGAUCAAACGAGUGUAAUUCAAACUACAAGUGUCACUGUAAGACGUAUAACAGUUCAAGAUGAGUCAGGAACAGUAGAAGUAGCGUUAUGGAGAAGGGAUGGUGAAAAUUUCAGUAUUCCAACUGGUCAAAUAAUCAUCGGUCAUAAUUUUUAUGUCGAUAGGAAAUUUAGAGUUAAUUUUACACCGUGUUCUAAUGGUCAUACUUUGACUGUCGCUCCGAAAUCUCCUGAUGAGUCAAGAUUACGAGAGUGGAUGACAUCUCUUUAUUCAAAUACUAAACGUCCUAUUUACUUUGGUCAACAAGAAGACAGUGAUGAGGAAAAAUCAGAGAAAAAACCGGUACAACCGAUAAAACGAGUGCAACCAAUAAAACCAGUACAACCGAUAAAAUCGAAAAAACAGAAGAGGAAACUGGAAAAAGAAAAAAAGAGACAACUUAAGAUUGAACGCAGGAGAAUAAUUAAAGAAACAGAAGAAGAAUCUUUUCGUGAAAUUGAAAUGCAAGAAAUGAAAGACAGGAUUGCAGUAGGAGAAGAGUUGGAAUACUUGCAAGAAAUAAAGAAAAAAAUGGAGAGAAUGGCUAAUCAUUACAUCCAAACUGAUGGACUCUUUGAUCUCGGAGCCAGAAAAGAUUUUAAAACUUGGGCUUUGCCACCGGAAGUAAUACCAGCUGAAGAGUUACCUCGCAUAGUUGAAAAAAAUAAGAUAAAAAAAAUUUGA